CUUCGCUACUGCUAACUGAACUGCGGACCAGCAGAGAGGCUGUUCUUGGCUUCUUUCUAGUAGGUGUAAGUUUGUAGUGCUCCGCUAACACGGAGGCCUUUCGCUGAACAUAUUAGCGACCACUGCUACUAUAGCUAAGAUAAACUGCUCCCGUCUGAGAGUCAUUUGAAGUUACUGUUAGCUAGUUGCGUCGUUUGCCAGCUAACUAAGUUAGCUAGGCUUAUUGGUUUUCGACAUCAGUUUCAAAACAAAACCCGCAGAACCGAGAAACGGAGACCCAGCUGUCACGUUCAGACUAACUUUUUAUGAGAAAGUCUAAUGGUUUCAUAUUGCAAAAGAAAAGUUUCAAUAUCAAGCUCCAUUUUUACAUGUUUUGCAUGUGCAGGUAAUGAGUUAUCAUUGUUUCGCUGACGUUUAGGCUCAUAAUUUCAAGAAGUAUCUGCGGGUUUGGCCGUGACGCCGUGAAACAGAUAAGCUAAUCAAGCCGUUAACCUUGAGCUGUCGAGAAAAUCAGAGUCAGGCUUUCUGGAGACUUGGAAAAAUCAAUGUCCGAGAAGAGUUCAUCGUCCGGUUCAGAUGAGGAUGUGGACCCGGAAUCCGGACAGCCUGUGGAGUUUGGAGGAGUUUUAAGCAAAUGGACGAAUUAUAUACACGGCUGGCAGGACCGAUGGGUUGUGCUGAAAAACAAUACUCUAAGUUACUACAAGUCGGAGGAUGAACGGGAGUAUGGCUGCAGAGGUUCCCUGUGCCUUAGUAAGGCUGUUAUCACACCUCACGAGUUUGACGAGUGCCGUUUUGACAUCAGUGUGAAUGACAGCGUUUGGUACCUCCGAGCAGAGGAUCCCGAGCACAGACUGCAUUGGAUCGAGUCCAUAGAGCUGCAUAAGGCUGAGUCUGGAUAUGGUUCAGAAACCAGUUUGAGGCGUCAUGGUUCCAUGUUGUCUCUCACCUCAGCUGCCAGUGCCUUGUCUUCCGCAUCCACGUCCUCCUUCAAGAAGGGCCACAGGCUUCGUGAGAAGCUGGCAGAAAUGGAAACCUUCCGGGACAUUCUGUGCCGACAGGUGGACACCCUUCAGAAGUAUUUUGACUCCUGUGCAGAUGCAGUUUCCAAAGAUGAAUUUCAGAGAGACAGAGAGGAGGAUGAAGAUGAGUUUCUUACACCUACUAGACCAGAUGGUGAACACAACCACAACAACAAUGGCAGCAAAGAGAAACUGUUUUCUCCCGCCAGUCCCAAAGGUAUCAAUGGGAUAGACUUUAAAGGAGAAGCCAUCACCUUUAAGGCCACCACAGCUGGCAUCCUCUCCACUCUGUCCCACUGUAUCGAGCUGAUGGUUAAACGAGAAGACAGCUGGCAGAAAAGGCUGGACAAGGAGAUGGAGAAGAGGAGGAGGGUAGAAGAUGCUUACAAGUCUGCAAUGAACGAACUGAAGAAGAAGUCCCACUAUGGAGGCCCAGACUAUGAGGAGGGGCCAAACAGUUUGAUCAAUGAGGAUGAGUUCUUCGACGCGGUGGAGGCUGAGCUAGACCGGCAAGAUAAAAUAGAAGAACAGAGCCACUCUGAGAAAGUCAGGACGCCACGGCCAACUCCGGUUUCUCCUGCUGAUGUCUUUUCUGCCAUCGGUACUCACCGAUUUGCCAACAAGCCUGGUAGCUAUUCCUCAUCCGUAUCCUCAGUUGAGCUAUUCAGCGCCUCUGAUGACGUUCACAGAUUCAGCUUUCAGGUGGAGGAGAUGGUGCAGAAUCAUAUGACUUAUUCUCUUCAGGACAUGGGUGGAGAUGCCAACUGGCAGCUGGUAAUAGAAGAAGGGGAGAUGAAGGUUUACAGGAGGGAAGUGGAGGAGAACGGCAUCGUCCUGGAUCCUCUCAAAGCCACUCACGCCGUCAAAGGCGUAACGGGACACGAGGUCUGCCACUACUUUUGGGACACAGCGGUCAGGAAUGAUUGGGAAACCACCAUUGAAAACUUCAACGUUGUGGAAACACUUUCCGAUAAUGCCAUCAUUGUUUACCAAACGCACAAGAGAGUGUGGCCUGCUUCUCAGAGGGACGUUCUCUAUCUGUCAGCCAUCAGGAAGAUUCUGGCAACAAACGAAAACGAUCCCGACACAUGGCUAGUGUGCAAUUUCUCUGUCGACCAUGACGGUGCUCCACCCACAAACCGGUGUGUCCGUGCCAAAAUCAAUGUGGCCAUGAUCUGCCAAACUCUGGUCAGCCCACCAGAGGGCGAUAAAGAGAUAAGCAGAGACAACAUCCUCUGUAAGAUCACAUAUGUUGCCAAUGUAAACCCUGGAGGCUGGGCUCCAGCUUCAGUCCUGAGAGCCGUAGCCAAGAGAGAGUAUCCCAAGUUCCUCAAACGCUUCACCUCCUACGUUCAGGAAAAAACAGCUGGGAACCCCAUUCUCUUCUGAACACUAAGAGUUUUAUUUCUCCUAAUCCUGUCAGGCUUGUCCAUCAUAGAUAUGAUGCUCUUCAAUCAACAAACUGUCAGAAAGCACAAGGCUCCCCUUCUUUUUAUUUACACAACAACUCCUAGCAGGACUGCAUAUGAUCAGGACGUCCCGCAGGAAGAUGAGGGCACUAACACCAAUCCCUCAUCCUACUGGCUGCUGCCGUCUGGUGGCCAUGAAAGUGCAUUUAAACUCAGUUCAAGAGUUUUUGAAAGAUUAUCAAUUAGUUGUGCUUUUCUUUCUUCUUUUUUUGUAAAUUGUUUUGUACAUUUCUUAUGAUUCCCUCUAUCUGGACGUUUUUUUGGGUGUGCUAUAAUCACUAGUAUUACAGCUGCUUGUUCUGCUGCUGCUGCUAAAGGAAAGCACCACGGCAGAGGAGUGUGGAUGCUCCCAGGAGCAGCGGCCCCCCUGUUCUUGCCUUGUCCUGUCCUUCUUUUGACAACUCUUUAUUGUUCGAUGGGGGGUCAGAGCCUACAGCUUUGAAAUCUUUAUAUUUCUAAAUUGUUAUAAACUAGUUUUCAGAGAGCACAUAGACACAAUGUAUUGUACAGAGAGUAACUUUUCAGUUAGUUUACCAACAUGACAAAUGUGAAUUGACUGUUAAACGCUUGAAUCUGAUGACAGUAAUGAGCUGAGGCGAUGGGAGAGUGAGAGAUUUUGAUUAUUAACUUUUCUUGGACCAUUUUUAAAAAAAAAAAAAAAAAA